AUGCACAAAUAUUGCCAUGAAACUGAGGUCACUAGGAAAAACCGUCAGAGCAUUAAGGAUUGGUUUUCUUAUCGGUUACAACAACGUCACAAAGAGGAAAAAACACUACUUUACUCAAGACGUCUAUUUCAACAAUUCUUAGUCGACGGUUAUGCUAUGAUGGAAUCCGAACGACUGAAUUGGUUAUGGGAUAAUCAAUCAAAGUUAAGAGUGGGCAAAUGUAAUAAUUUGACCACUCAAACUGAUGGCGAUAGAAGAAAUGAACACCAGAAGCAGGGAAAACGAGCUAUUUUGCCAUCAACAUUUGUUGGUAGCAAGAGAUAUAUGGAUCAACUAUAUUUUGACGGUAUGGCCAUUUCAAGUCGAUUGGGAUUCCCUGAUUUAUUUGUUACAUUUACCUGCAACCCAAAUUGGCCUGAAAUUAGAAGAGCAUUGUCAAGAAUAGGACUACAACCCCAUGAUAGGCCAGAUAUCAUUUCAAAAGUUUUCAAAAUAAAGUUUGAUACCCUCAUGGAUGAUAUUACAAAACACCAUGUCGUCGGAAAAGUUAUUGCAUAUGUGUACACCAUCGAAUUCCAAAAGCGGAGAUUGCCACAUGCGCACAUAUUGAUAUUCCUGCACCCUCAGAGCAAAUACCCAACACCAUCUGACAUAGACAACAUCAUUUCUGCUGAGAUUCCCGACCCGACUGUUCAUCCCAAUUUAUACAAGUUGGUUAAGGCACAUAUGAUGCAUGGACCCUGUGGCCUCGCGCGGAUGAACUCACAAUGUAUGGAGAAUGGAAGAUGUUCUAAAUACUAUCCCAAAAAGUUUAUUGAACACACCAUUGUUGAUGCAGAGGGAUAUCCACUUUAUAGGAGAAGAUCAAAAACCUUCACUAUUGAAAAAAAUCGUAUCACCUUGGACAACCGACAUGUAGUUCCGUAUAACACCAGAUUUCUUAUGAAAUACCAGGCACAUAUAAACAUGGAAUGGUGUAAUCAGAGUACUUCCAUAAAAUAUCUUUUCAAAUAUAUCAAUAAAGGCUAUGAUAGAAUAACAACAACAGUUUCAACAAAUAACAAUCAACCUGUUGAUAAAAUCCAACAAUAUCUCGAUUGCAGGUAUGUCUCCCCCAACGAAGCAUGUUGGCGCAUUUACUCUUACAAUAUUCAUGGCAGAAAACCAGUUGUGGAACGUAUGUUCUACCAUUUGGUUGGGGAGAAACCUAUCUACUACACAGAUUAUGCACGCAUGGAAAAUGUGCUGGAAACUGCAAGUGUGACUGAAUCAAUGUUUACUGCAUGGCUGGUGGCAAAUGCUAAAUAUGAAGAAGCACGAAAAUUAACUUACGGUCAAUUUGUCUCAAAGUUUGUUUAUCACAAAAAACAAAGAGAAUGGAAACCACGUAAAAGAGGCUUCACCAUUGGACGUCUCAUAUGGGUUCCGCCAACUGCUGGUGAACUGUUUUAUCUCCGCAUGAUGUUGACGGUAGCAAAAGGACCGAUAACUUAUGAGGAAAUCAGGACAAUGGGUAACAUCCAGUUUGAUACAUUUAGAGAUGUGUGCUUUGCAAUGGGAUUUCUUGAAGACGACAAAGAAUACAUAGCUGCUAUAAAGGAGGCAAGUCAUUGGGGAACAAUCUUGGCUCCUAUUAUCAUCAUGAUUUUGUCGAGUGCUGUUAAUCGAUCUACACAUGUUUGGGAACAAUCUUGGCUCCUAUUAUCUGAUGGUUUCUUACAUGCACAAAGAGCGUUGGCUGCAAAUCCAGAUGAGCAAAGAGGUAUUUAUGAAAAAAUUAUGCAAGCUGGGGAGUCUCAGAAUCCUGCCGUUUUCUUCCUUCAUGGUUAUGGUGGUACCGGAAAGACAUAUAUGUGGAGAACACUCGCAGCAGCUUUAAGAUCAAAACAUGAUAUAUGUUUAACUGUUGCAACUAGCGGUAUAGCCUCUUUGUUACUUCCAGGAGGUAGAACUGCACAUUCAAAGUUCAGGAUACCGGUACCAACUAUGGACAAUUCUACUUGCAAGGUUGAAUACAACGAUGAUGUUGCAGACAUGCUACGAUAG